GUAAAUUCACUCACAUAGCUACUAGAGCAGAUGUGCAAGAGAAUGUACAGAAAUACAUCAAGGUGUUGAGCCGACCGCUUGCAUUACAAAAAGCCAAACAUAAGGUGUGGAGUCCUGUCUACUUAGAUUAUGUAACAGAGCAGGCAGAUAUUCGGGUGCCUACAGGCAGGCCUGCCGAUCUAAAUAUGGAUUACGAAGACGAUGCAGUAUAUGAGGGAUUGGGUCUGGUUAUGUCACUGUCAAUGCCUGUAUUUGAUGGAAGAAAGACUGUGGGUGUUGGUGAAGAAGAACCAGAAACAAAUUUACUUGGAGUUGUUGGAACAGAUCUAAGAGUUAAUGAUCUCAUGAAAUUUAUUCCGACAUUUAAGCUUGGAGUAAAUGGUUAUGCUUUUGGUAUUACCAAUCACGGAUAUGUGUUAUUCCAUCCAGACUACAGACCAUUU